AUGGCUGAGGUAGUUGAAAUUACUGAGACAGCUGCAGAAUCGAAGGUUAGCAAUGAAGUGGUUACUGAGAAUGUCAGUGAAGUAGUUUCUGAGAGUGUAGUUGAGUCUGAUUCUGAGGUGGUUCAGGAAGUAGUUACUAAAAUGGUUGAUUCUGUUUCUGAAAUUGUGAUCGAAAAGGUUAUGGAAGUUGCUGAUCAGGUGGUUCCGGAGGAUGUUGAAAAUGUUUUUACAGAUAGUUCUGCAAAAGCUGGAGAAUCAGUGACUGAAUUUCUCAACUUUCAAUCACGACAGGAGGAAUUUGUUUAUACAAUGAAAUCUAUUUUGCCUCCUAACGUUUUUGAUUCUUUUGCAGAUUAUUUUGAAGAACCAAGAACUGGAAUAUGUCCGAGAUUUGAAGCAGUGAAAGAAACAAUUCAAGAGGUGAUCGAUGUUUCGAAGGAAAUGACUGAAGAAGCUCUAAAGGAGAUUGCAGAUAAAGCACUGAUGAGCAAGUUGAAAGAGGUAGAUUCAGACGUCCAGGAGUCAGUUGAUAAAGUGUCAGGUCUAGGAAAGGAAACUGGAGUCAUAGAGGUCAACGUGGUCAAGUCGUCUGAGUCAGAGUCGGAUCUUGUUGGUAAAAUUGUUUGUGAGGAUGAGAUUAUAGUUGAAAAAGUUUCAAUCCCCGAUACACCGUGUCUAAGUUGUUCACGACCAUGCACGGGGUGUCUUGAAAAAGACACCAAGUAUCAGGAAUUAAAACAGCAUGCAGAUUUGGUGAAGUUUGACUUAGAGCAAGUGUUGGAUGAUGAUAGUGAGAAAUUUGAGAAGGCAAAAUCAGUGGAGUCCGGUAGUGAUUCUGAGGAGGACGGAAACUUUUUAGAUCGUUAUUUGACAAAAAAGGAUAAAAGUGCGGAUGAUGAUUCAAUUAUGGUGGCUUACACUAUGGUUGGAUCUGACAAACUUUACUCCAACACCAAGUUUCCGCUUCAGAAUGUUAAAUUUGAGAAUAUUCAGAAAGUGUUUAAGCUGAUUGAGCUGAGCGUAAAUGAGUUAAAAGAAAAAGAUUUCUUUUCAAAACUGAAUAAGUCAGUUGGUUCGUCACGUCCUACUAGUCCAGAAAAGGCAUCACCUAACGUGUUAUUUGAUCCAGUACACAACAGUUGUAUUGAUUUAGAUGUGGAGAAGUGUCCUUUAUUGUCAGAGUUCAGCAGCAUUUUGGAUUAUAUGAAUCGUAUUCCAGUGAAGAAAGCAAUGAUUGACCAAAGACCGUUGUAUAGAUCACAUAUUAGUCGAUUCUGGAUAAACGCAAAGUAUGAUGAGGAAAGCAAGGUGAUAUCAUCAGUGGUGGAAGUGGAUGGAAAGUUGGAGACUAUUCUGGUGACUGAAGCGUUAGUUCGCGAAGUGAUGAACUUUCCUGAUGAGGCCAAUUACCCCACAAGAUUUCCGGAACGAAUGGUGAAGGGUUGUAUGCUACGUUUGGGAUACAGAAAUACUUUGAACACCGGGAACUAUUUGAAGUCAAAGUUUCAAAAAUCUUUCAAGUUCUUGAUCCAUUGUAUUCUGAUUUCAUUAAGCCACACAAAGGGCAGUUUUGAUCAGAUGAGAGAUUACCAAAUGAACAUGUUAACAGCGUUGGUGUUGAAUAAAAAAUACAACUUUUCGCACAUAGUCUUUCAUUAUAUGGUGGAGAAUCUCACGUCGGAUGUUAGAACCUGGAGAUAUCCGCGGUUUGUACAAAUGAUGAUUGAUCGUGCAUACCCAGGAAUUGAUAGAAACAUUAAGGGUGAUCUUCUUGUUCAAGCUCACAUGUCUAAUAACACUUUGAAGAACCUGGUCAAAUAUCAUCCUAAUCAUCCAGAGCCUGAUCUAGUGAUUGAAAACUUUGGAUUGCUUAGAGAUGUGAACUAUGUGGAUCCUGAUCCGGAAAAUCAUCAGAAUUGGAGAAAUCAAGAGGAAAUGAAAGAGGCGUUGUAUGCUGUAGAGUUGAAGAUAGUUCAGGGUUUCAAACCAACCAAGAAUGAGUCGUAUGUAAAGGAGUUGGGGCGUAGACGUAGAUUUGCAACUCCUGUAGCUGUAGCUGAAGGUGAAGGUUCUUCGUCAAAACCGAAGAAGAUACAAAGGAAGAAAAAGCAAACAAUGUUAAUUGAUGAAUCUGAUGAAGAAAUUCCUGAGAUGAAUGUUGAAAAUGAACAAGAAACGACUGGUGCUGAAAACAUUGUAAUUGAGACAGAUUUGUUUACAACAGAAGCGUAUUUUGUUGAUAAUGUUGUGGAAACAGAUGCUAAAGAACGUGAAAGACGAAUGAGGGAAGAAGUAGAACAGGAUAAGUUGAUUAGAAAGAGGAAGAGGGAAGAGAAAGAAGAUGCACUUUAUGAACCCUCUCCGGAGCAUGUUUCAGUGUCACAAUCUUCUCCGAAGGAUCUUUUUGGCACACCUCCACUCACCCAAGCACAACCUGGUUCUUCAAGUAGAGGCCUUCCGAUACCGCAAGAUAAUCUGCUAGACGUUGAUUUCGACUUUGCAAACAAUUCUCAAGUAUUGAAGUUGGAAAAGAGAAUUGAUGAUGUGAUAGCAGAAAAUAAAAAGUUGGCGGCUGAAUGCAAAAAGAUUGCUGAGAGAGAAAAGAGUCUUGCUGGUAAGGUGCAGAGGUUGGAGGGUGAAAACAAAGUGUUGACACUGAAAAUUGAAGUUGAUCAGACAGAAAUUGACGUUCUGAAAGUUCGAGUGUCUGAAUUAGAAGAAGAGAAGAAUCGUCGAGAGAGUGAAAAUGAGUACUAUAAGUUGAAGUAUAAAGAGCUUAUGGCUGCUAAAGCGUUGCAUGAACACAAGUUCUACAUGCUGAAUAGAGUUGUGGAAAGCAUGUUAGAAACAUCAGUGGAACAAAAAUAUGAAGAGUUGAAGUUAGAAGAUCUUCGUGCUGAACGUAAAGCAGAAUUAGAAAGGCAGAUGAAAGAUAAGGGUAAAGGGGUGGGAGGAAGUUCUGUAAUGUCUAUUGUACCUUCAAUGGUGAUAGAUAAUCCUGAGCCUAUAUCUGCAGUUCCUGAUGCUGAUAUAUACGAUAGAGUUGAGGUUGAAGAAGGUUCGGAUAAUGAAGAGGCUCCUGAAGAUACCUCGAAACUUCCAACAUUAAUGGAGUUCUUUGCUGCUGAAAAUAGAGAUGAAUUACGUCAAAAAGUGACUGAAGCAAUGAAUGAUAAUGUGUUUGAAUGUUUGAGGAAAGAAGCUGAGCAGAAAAAUCAAUCAAAUGCUGAUAAAGAAGAUCAAUCAAAAGUUGAAGAAAUUGAUCGUUCUAAAUGGUUUAAAGAUUCUCAUGAAAGAAAAUUCAAGAGGCCGCUGAAGUUUUUCCAACGUGAUAGAAAUGUUUCGCUGGGCGAUAUUAUUAGUUGGGGUUUUCUUCCACAAGUCAACGCUUAUGCUAUUCGAAGAGAAUAUGGCGUCCAAUACUUUGCACGUUUAUAUGAUAUAAUGUCAUUACCAUGGUGGGACGUUGAUGAAUUAGCAAAAGUGAGGGUCUUGGAGUAUAAGGUGAGACAGAAUGAUACCGCGAUGUGGGGCUACAUCAAGUAUAAACAAUUGAAGUCGUUUCGAAAGUGGAAGCCUCAUCGUCCAAGACGUGUUCAGAGAAUUGACCCGGAAACUGGAGCUGUAGAAGUUAUUCUGAAUGUGAAACCUCCACGUACAAUGAAGACAAUUCCAAUGCCAGAAAUGGAACAGGAUUUUUAUAAAGGCUUUAUUGACUGGGUUUACAGCUGCAGAACGACUGAAGCAAUAAUCACAUACAGAGCUGGUGGAGAGCUGAGGGAUAUUCAUGUUUACGACCCGAUGUGGUUAGUUAAUUGUUCAGCGAAAGACAUCGAAUGUCUAUUCAUUCACAAGAUUCGCUACUCUCCAGCAGAUAAAGAGCAAGCUCUUCAGUUUCAACGUGUUGUAUCACUGUGUAUUUAG